ACUUUGCCAUCCCGUACAACCUACGGGGUCUUUCCAACAUGGCGCCUGUCUUUGAAGGUGUGCAACUAUGCUCCAUCUCGGAUAAUUCCGGACAAUUGCAGAGUUCCUCGCCGCAGAUCGUCAAACUAGAGGUCAAACACGAUGGCCAAGACUCGACCGUCGUCAUAUACACAGGCACCCAGGAUGCCAUGACGUUUUUGCUGGACGUGAACACGGAAUGUAGCCGGGUGGGGCGGCAGUCGUUCAUGCUCACAUCACAGGAGAACAGCCUGCUACUGCGCUUCCCAACAACCGGGGCUUUUUCAGAAUUUUACGGCCAUGUGGAGGAUGCGAGGCAUCAGACGAACACCAAGAAGAGACGGUCCAUGUUCCAGAUGCGGACAGACGAGGCCUCCGCUACCCAGUAUUUCCAGUUCUAUAGCUACCUGUCCCAACAACAAAACAUGUUACAGGACUAUGUCAGAACAGCUACCUAUCAGAGGGCAAUGCUACAAAACAUGGAAGACUUCAGAGGCAAGGUGGUUAUGGAUGUGGGGGCGGGAUCAGGGAUUUUGUCGUUCUUUGCGGUCCAGGCCGGAGCAGCGAAAGUGUACGCUGUGGAAGCAAGCAGCAUGGCGGAACACGCAGAGACGCUGAUCAGGGCGAACGGUCUGAGUGGGAAGGUGCAGAUGAUCCGUGGGAAGGUUGAGGAGGUGACUGUGCCUGAGCAGGUGGACGUGAUCAUCUCGGAGUCGAUGGGGUACAUGCUGCUGAACGAGCGCAUGUUGGAGAGCUUCCUGCACGCCAAGAAGUGGCUCAAACCUGGAGGGAGGAUGUUUCCUUCCCGUGGAGACCUGCACAUCACCCCGUUCAUGGAUGAACAGCUGUACAUGGAACAGUUUAACAAGGCCAACUUCUGGUACCAGGAGUCGUUUCACGGCGUCAACCUGUCCGUCCUCCGAGACGCAGCAGUCAACGAGUACUUCAGACAACCUGUUGUAGACACAUUUGACAUCAGAAUCUGCAUGGCAAAGACAGAGAAGUACACUGUGGACUUUCAGACAGCUGAUGAGACUGACUUACACAGAAUCGAGAUUCCGCUGAGAUAUGAGAUGCUGGCCUCAGGCUCCAUCCAUGGUCUGGCCUUCUGGUUUGACUGUGCAUUUAUAGGAACAAGUGAGACAAUAUGGCUGUCCACUGCCCCCACAGAGCCACUUACCCACUGGUAUCAGGUGCGUUGCCUGCUGCGAUCACCACUCUUCGUGAAAGUGGGCCAAGUCGUCUCCGGUGUUGCCACCUUGGUCGCCAACAAAAGACAAAGCUAUGAGAUCAUGAUUGAACUAGAGAUAGAAGGAACGGGCAUGUCGUCCAGAAACACGCUCGAUCUCAAAAACCCGUUCUUCCGGUACACGGGAGUGACGCCCGCGGCUCCCCCAGGCAGCCACACCGGUACUUCAUCCCCGUCGGACAGCUACUGGCAGUCGCUGACGCUCUCGACGAAUGUGGGGAACUCCACGCAGGUUGUCCCUAGCAACCACGUGGUCGCCAUCAACGGGUACGACGGCAACGCGGCCAACAUCAUGCAGUCUAACCUCAUUCCACUCGCCAACACUGCGUGCAUCUCCCACCCGACGACAGUAGCAGGGGGCACCACGGUGAGGCAGGUGGGCGGGGUCAGCACCAUGCCCACUCCCUGCUCCAUCGGGGGCGGCAUCUCCCCAGCAGCCUUCUCCAACCAGACCACCAACGCCAACAACAUGAACUACGGCGGGGCCGCGGGCGGGGGAGGGCAGUACGGCGGUGGCGCCGCGGGCUUCGGGCAGGGCGCCAUGAUGCAGAUGCAGGGCGGGGUCAUGUUGCCAGGGCAACAAGUGGACGGACUGAACCAUUAACCUCAGCUUGCGGGUAGUUUGUAUUGCACGAUCUCAUGAUCACUCCCCAGAGGACUGCAUUUCACUGUUAUCCAACCUUUUACUGCAAGGAUUAUAUCAGUUUCAAACUCAUGUCAUUAGAACAUAACUGCACCUGAGCAUGUUGGCAGAAAGUACUGCGCCUGUGUGAACCUGUAUUGUGCAUAACAGUUAUACUCACUACAAGAACAUUUCUUUAAGGUUGAAUUUCCAUAUUUAAGGUUGACAAUUGACACCCUGUGUAUAGUUUUUAAAUGUUGUGUUGGAAAAGGUACUGCCGACAAUGGGCAAAACUCUGAUGCAACAUUGACCAAACAUGUAACGAAAACUGUGAAAAAAAAUACAGGUUUCACACAGGCACAGAAUGUUCUGCCGUCACUCUCGUUACUAGAACCUUGUGUGUAUCUAGACUCUUUGAUCUAAUCUCCAAGCAGAUGUUGGGGGAGAAGAUUUUUUGACUGUUGGGUUUCUCUGAGAGUUGAAGGCCUGUCAGAGAAACCAGGCAGUCAAGAAAGGUAUACUGCAUCUGCUUGGAGAUUUUUACCCAAUGCUAACCUAAGGGGAGUGGAUCAGUCUUGCAUUGUCCCAUAUGCAUUAUCACUUAUGACGGGUAAUAAGGAUAUGCGUUAGUGCUAGGUACAUGUACACAAUG